UGAUUUCCUUCUUACAGAACAGCAUGCAAUGUUUGCACACCACAGUUUGAAAAUGAACAAACCCACAACGCUUCAAGGAUAUAUUUUUCUUGCCCUCUGGUACUCCAUAGGGGCCAAGGCAGAAAUAAAUAUCACCCAGUCUCCUCUUGAAAUAACUGCUGUAGAGGGAGAAUCCGUUCAGAUGAAUUGCUCCUGGAAAAAAUAUCAGAGUGCUCAGCAAAUACGAGUGGAAUGGUGGAAGAAUCAAUCAAGAAUUAUAUCUUUGUUUUACACACAAAAUAACUCAGAUAUGAAAGGAAACAAUGCAUCUUUUACUGUGUUAUUAAAAGCAAACAAUACAGCUACUGAGUUGAGAAUAGCCAAACUCACUCAAAAUCAUGCAGGAACAUACCACUGCAGAGCAGUAGCUGAAAUACCUACUCUGGAAAAAGGAAACGGGAGUGGAACAGUGCUAUAUGUACGUGAAGUACAGAACGACAGCUCCUUGGGUUCAGGAGCUGCUGUAGGUGUCGUUCUUGCAGUGUUGUUUGUGCUGCUUAUAAUCACUCUUCUCUGGAAACUGAAAAUAACAAGAGCCCAAGAUCAAGGUGACGCUGCAGUUUAUGAAAGCGUUUCAGAGAUGGACGCAGUAGAAGAGCCACAGGAGGACGUUGAGGCGAAUUCCUCCUCUACCCAGGGAUCGACAAAAUGGGCUGAGAUCCCAGUUUAUGAGUCCUGUGAUUAUUUUGAUGUGAAGAGCAAUGAAAAUGAAGAUGAAAGAUAAGGGCCAGUCAGACUGUCAACACUUGCCACUUUCACAAACAAAACAAGCAAAGGAGAACCGGAAUCUAAUUCAAACAGAUUCAAGCCUGCGAUCUAUAUGGAUACGGAAAAACAGAUAUUGGGAUAUGAAGACUCCUUAAUAAAUACAAUACAUUACAUGACUGUUACAGAAAGCAAUACGAAACAAGCCAUAAACCAACAUAAAGCCCAGGUACAUUAUUCAGUGCAUUUGGUAUUGGAGUGUGUGGCAGAACUAAAGCCCUGCAGAUGUAAAUAGUGUGUGUGGGAAUGUAAGGUUGGCAGGGAUGGGGUUAACUCUGUCCUGGCCAACAAUCACAGGUGUGGCCCAAUUAGGUAAUUGAGCGCUGUAUAUUUUAUAUAUGGCCACAUAUACAUAUAAAAAGGGCGAGAAAGCCUUUGUUUGCUGGAGGUGAGGUGAGUUGAGUUAAGUCGAGUUGAGUUGAGUUGAGUAACUGUGUGGCUGGUGAACUUUAUAGUGAAGGCUAGUGCCCAUCCUGUACUGUUUUGUUUAAAGAUUGUAUUUUGGCCUUUGUUUCCUUGUUUUGUUUUUUGUAUAAUAAACUGUAUAAUAAUGUCUCUCAUUCCUGCUGGUAACAGCUUGGGCCAUGAUGCCAUCCUGCCACAGAGUGGCAUGUGGGACAAAGUUUAAAAAAAAUAAAAAAAUAAAUAAAUAAAGUUAAACCUGUAA